ACUGACAGUUAACAAGAAUCAAUUAUCAUUUCAUUAUGAAGUAUCCAGUUCCUCUACUGAUACUACUAGUCACUAUUGUUCACAGCAGUUCUGCUAAAUGUAUUGAGGAUGAACUUCCAAUAACAUUCAGUAAUUCAACUGUUAAUGCUCCAUUAUAUUGUCCAAUAGCUCGUGAUUGCAAGGCAUGGCUGGCAGCAGGUGUCAAUAAAAGUGGAAUAUAUCCUGUCAAACCAGACAAUGGAACCGGUUUUCAAGUAUACUGUGAUAUGGAGACUGAUGGUGGUGGAUGGACUGUAUUUCAGAGGAGAGUUGAUGAUAGUGUUGAUUUCAAUCGUAACUGGGCUGACUAUGAAGAAGGGUUUGGGGAUUUGAAGGGAAACUAUUGGCUGGGACUGGCUAACAUACACAGACUCACUCCAACUGAUGAUAGUUCACUUAGAAUAGAACUGGGAGACUUUGAAGGGAACAAACGAUUUGCUAAAUACACUCAAUUCCAGGUACUUGAUGCUAAUAUCCAGUAUGCACUAAUAGUCCAGGGGUAUGGUGGUGAUGCUAAUGAUUCCUUCAGUGGCCAUAGUUUAAUGAAGUUUUCAACUAAAGACAGAGAUAAUGACAUACAUCCAGAUCCAGCUUAUAGUUGUGCUGCAUAUCAUCAAAGUGGUUGGUGGUAUCAUGGAUGCUACAAUUCUAAUCUCAAUGCUCCAUAUUAUAAUAACCCAACA